CUCACGAGAUAGUUGUUCUGUGAGCAAGGUGACAGGCUGUUGCGUCUUGCGCAUGCGUAAAAUAAAUAAAAUCCCUCUAGUUCGUUACCGCGAAUUUUAAUUACAAUAAAUAGUAAAACAGUGCAUUAUCGUGUUGUUUAUCUCGCAUGAACAAAGUGUGUACAUUGUUAUUUGAACAUAAUUGGAAGUAUUGGAAUUUUUGUAUACGACAACAAGUUCGCUACUAAAGGAUUUUGUAAUAUUUUAAGAUACAACGUCUUGGAUUAAAUAUUACUAGAGUUGACGACAGCGAAAACUGUAUACGAUGAUGAUAUGAGCUAACACGAUGGACCUGCAACGGAGCGGACCAAAAUAAACUGUCAAAGUGACAGUUGACAGCCAAAACAAAAUCCAAAAUGGCGUUGCUGACAGCUGUGUGUGUGCUAAGUGCUGUGUUUGUGUGUGCCAAUGGACACGUAGCGUUAACUUUCCCACCCGCUAGGAAAUAUGAUUUGGACUUUUUAGAUAAUUCUCGGACUAAGCCCCCUUGCGGAAUGCCCAAAGGAUCAAUAAAAACUUCAUUUCUAGCGGGAUCCACAUUUAUAGUACAUUGGCAUUUAGCCUACGCGCAUCGAGGUGGUUUUAGUUUAAGAAUAUUAGACGAAUUAGAAAGGCCCGUGUUAGAUCUGACUCCACGGGCGGGAGGAACGGAGUUUGUCAGAGAUGACCCCACAGCCCAGAAGUAUGAAGUUAGGCUGCCAGGUGACUUCACGUGCUCUAACUGCACUCUUCAGCUGCAGAGAGAAGCAGCGGAGUGGGGCUCCAGCUAUCGGUUCUGGUCGUGCGCGGACAUCGACAUACUCACGCGUAAGGAAUACCACGAGACAUGCUCCGGGAAGGGCUUCCAUAUCCUGGGCAGAUGUAAGUGCAACAAGAUGUACAGCGGCUCCCGGUGCCAGUUCUCAGACGAGUGCUCGGAGGACACGGAGUGCGGCCUGCGCGGCAAGUGUGUGGACGUGCACUCCACAGAGUCUCCCACCAAGAUGUGCUACUGUCCUCACGGCUUCUACGGAAAGGGCUGUAAUAAGAAAUCCCCAUGGAAGGACAAGAAUGUAAACCUGGAGCAGUACAGCAAGAAGCAACUGUCCAAAGACUACACCCUGUACUGGCGCGUCAUCAAGGACAUGCACGAAGUGGAGUUUGUGAUGAUGGUCAACGGGACGUCCUACGCCGCACUUGGUUGGCGACCAAAAGGAUUGAAAAAAGAGUGCAAAAACUUCCCUGUUCUUGGACCGCCUUUAGAUAAACCUAACACACCGGAGCCAGAGCUACUCCCGAAACCGGAACCUAAAGCAGAGCCCGAGCCUAGUACGAAUUCUAACGAGGCUAAAUCCGAGCAUUCAACCAUUGAAACAAAACGUGAACCGAAAGCAGAACCAAAUCCCGAACCAACUUCUGAACCAAAGCCGGAACCAAGUUCUGAACCUAAGCCGGAACCAAGUUCUGAACCACAACCGGAACCUGCUUCUGAACCAAAUCCAGAACCUACUUCUGAACCAAGACCCGAACCGAGUUCUGAACCUGAACCCGAACCGAGUUCUGAACCAAAACCUGAACCGAGUUCUGAACCAGAACCCGAACCGAGUUCUGAACCAAAACCAGAACCGAGUUCUGAACCAAAACCAGAACCGACAUCUGAGCCAAAACCAGAGCCAAGCACGGAAUCAUAUUUUGAGAACGACAGGAACAAACGCGUCGCCAUGCAUACUCUAGAUGGGAUUGAUUUUAAGAACCUGGGCAAUGACGUCACAGUUAAAACCAGCAUUUCCUACAAAGUGUCAAGUUCUAAAGGACGUAAAAAACGAGCAGUAGAUGAAGCUGAAAAAUCAAAUUUGGAAACUUCAACAAUCAUAGAGAUUGAAACGGAAAAUUAUCCAAAACCCAUACCAACACAGCCCACUAAAUUUAGGCCUAAAUCAUUUAAACCUAAAUCUAAACUUAGUCCAAGUACCCCACUACCACCUUACGAAAGCUCACAACUUAAACCAGAACCAAUCCCUGAACCUAGUUCCGAGCCGACUUUAGAAACUAAUUCUGACUUGCCUUUUGAACCAAAACCUGAACCUACACAGCCAAAACUAGAAUCAAGCCCAGAACCUGAACCAACAUCCGAACCUAAUCCUACAACUGAAAACUCGUCUAAGGCACAUACUAUUGAACCAAAAUCUGAACCUGAACCGACCUCCGAACCAAAUUCAGAACCAGAACCAAAAUCCGAACCAAAUCCAGAACCAAACUCCGAACCGAGUCCUAAGCCAGAACCUACCUCAGAACCAAGUCCUGAACCUUCCUCAGAACCAAGUCCUGAGCCAGAACCCACAUCCGAACCAAGACCUGAACCCACUUCCGAACCAAAAUCAGAACCUACAGCCGAACCGAAACCAGAACCAAGUUCCGAACCAAAUCCUGAACCAAACCCCGAACCCACAUCCGAACCCACUUCCGAACCAAGUCCUGAGCCUACAGACGCUGACGCCGACAAUUUGCUAGUGAAAGGAUUGAACGAAGAAUCAGGCUACUUUCCGUCCCAUGAAUACGUACCCAAGUUCGAUUUCAACCCCAUGGACUGUACCGAUAUCGUGAUUGGCACUGCCAGAGGUAACUACCACAGAGUGCUGGAUUAUUACACUCGGGACAGAUCGACUCCUCGCGUGGACACGUUCUGGGGAGGCCACGACGACAUAACUGCUUCGUCUGGGUUCGAGGAAAACGGUGUCACCACCAUUAUGUUCAGAAAAAAGAUUAAGGCCAAAGAACCGACUGACCAUUCACUGGUUGACGACUUGAUGCAUGUAAUCUGGGCUCGCGGUCAGGAGCCGGGCAAGUAUGUGCACUCUCCCCCUGCCGGGGUCAGUGGGGGGGACUUCUACCGUGCUGACGAGCUCAAGUAUCACGGCCACGGAGACCAGCGGGGACUGCUCUCUAUGAACUUUUUUGAAGAAACAAAAAGUCCAUCAGCCGGGGGCGUGAGUCCGCUCGAUAACGAUAAAUGCGGCGCGCAGUAUAAGAUCCCGGCUUCCUGUGACGUCAGCAACAACACUUGCGACUACGUCGCGUCAUGGGAGUAUCUGGGUCAGAAGAGAGGCAAGGACUCCGUGCGGUUCACGAUCCGGACCAAGCAGAGCAAGUACUGGACCGGCAUCGGGUUCAGCAAUGAUAGGAGAAUGUCCCAAACAGACGCGAUAGUGGGGUGGGUGGACUCGCGAUCUGGGCGUCCGUUCCUCAUGGAUGCCUGGCUGGUGGGCUACUCCGCGCCCAGGAUGGACCGUCAGGAUGUCAGCCAGGCCACCGGCCAGCUCGUGGACGGAACCACCACGCUGUCCUUCGUGAGGAAACGGGAUACCGGCGACAGUAAGGACCUGGCGUUCACGGACACCCAAUGCUUAUACAUGAUGUUCGUGACGGGGGGCGGCGGGUACGAUCCUGUCAACAAGAGGAUGAGCAAGCACACCCAGGUCCCCAUCGUAUCCGACGACAGAAUCUGCAUCAAGCCUUGUGGACCUGAGCCUUUAGAAGAAGAACAAACAACAGAGAUAGUGUUGCCAGGUUCCCACACGUACGCCAUGUUGAUCCGCAUCACGGGACUGGCUGACAACUUCAAGCCUCCAGCGGUGGGCAGUCGGGAGUACGAGGAGUUGGCAACACAAGUCGUGGACAGCUUGGCGGGAGAAUUCGCCAAGAUUAAGGGAUAUAAGGGCAUCGUUGUUAACGGUUUUAUGCAAAACGAAACCAAAGCCAUUAUAGCAGAACUCACGCUCAAAUCAUUGGAAUCAAACACAAUUGAAGGUUCAAGCGCACGCUCGCUAGAUGGCGCUGUCUCACCGGCGCAGAAUGACACUGAACAGGACAGCGAUAUGACUAAAUGGGAGAAAGUUGUCAAGGACACCCUAGCGCAAGGAAGAGUUGGAAAUCUGAACGUUGAUCCCGAAUUUCUCGUGUUUGAACCGGAAAGUAUCACCACGGCGGCGGGAGGGGAGGACGGUGUGCGGGAGCCGGUGGCGGGCGCAGCACUACGGCUGUGGGUCGUGGUAGGCUGCGUGUGCGCACUGCUACUGUUGGCCGUGCUACAGGCUGUCUGCACCCUCGCACACGCGCAAUCUGCCAAAAACAAGGACAAGUUAAUAUCGAGCACAGUUUGGAAGGAUUACAAUUCGGCGAACACCAACUACGCCUUCGAGCCGUUUGAUACAGACACGUACAGGAACAGAACCCCCGGCCCCCGCGCGAGACCUACCUCCCCGCCCCCGCCCAGACCUGACGCCAUGGCCGGGAAGAUGAACGGCCACAAGACAUCUAAUGGACAUAAAGCAGGGAGCCCCAACGGUCAUAACAUGAACCCCAACGGUCAUCACGCCGCGAACGGCUCCAAACAUGCCUCCAGCCCCGGCCGCGUGGUGAAAACUCCUACCGGCACUGCUACCAAGAAAUUCCCCAACAGCGCGGCUCAGUUCUACCACGACACUCGGUCACUGCAACGACCCAGGAGUCAGUUUGGCUCUACAUACGAUCCCAGUUCUGGUAGCACGAGGUCGGGCCGGGACCGCGAGAGAACGUACUCACUGCCCCGUGGAUCGCACGGCCACCCGCACGGCUCGCACGAACCGCAGCCUGAUUUCUACUUCAUGCCGUCACAGAGGAAACACGAAGGUGAGAUUGUGCGUGUGUACGUCACGCCCAGAAACUAAACUAAAGGUUGUUUAGUAGAGUUCAAGAAAGAUAACAGUUUUACUUGGUACUAGUACUUAAAAUAUUCAAUACCUAUAAAAAUUACUGCAUCCCUAAAUGAUUACCUAAAAAGCAGUUCUGACUGCUUCGAAUGUUUGUUUGAAUGGCAAUAGAAAAACAAACAUUUAUAUUUAAUUUGUCAAAAGUAUUUUAAGAAUUAAGUGCUACACAAUUGUUUUUAUCGUUCACUUGGCAGAACAAUGUUUUACCAUCACACUCCUAGCAAAAGUUAAACCAAAAACUAAUACCUAUUAUAAAUUAAAAUAAUUCUAUAGAAUUACAUAAUUUCUAUGCAUUUGCUUGUAUAUAAUAUGUUUGUUGCUAAAGGUGGUAAAGCUUUCACCGUAACUUCUGCUAAUAUUCUUAUAUUACUUGUGUUUCUGAGGGUAGGUGUAGAUUGUAUAAUACUUUUAAAUCAUACAGUAUUUUGUGUUUCACUUAAUACCAUCACAUCAUUUUUAGUAAGUGAUAAUUAAAAAUGCCUUCAGCUUUGGUAUCUUGAAAAUAUUAGGUAAUAUUAGAAAAGUACAAAAGUAUGUAUUAAAUAUAUCGGUAUAGGCACUAUCGUUUAUUGUACUAUGCCUAAUUUGGGUAUAUAUUAUAAUCUAAGUAUGUAUAAGUAAGUUAUACUCAUAAUUUAUAAAAAAAUAUCCAGGUAGAGAUAAAACUCUCGCUCAUUACGAACUCUCCGUAUCUUCUGUUUGUUAUUUCUCUAUCUUCUUCUUGGUUUUGGGUUGUCAUUGUGUCUAAUACAAUAUAUUUUGAUUGUUCACAGAAUUCUAAGUGGAUGGACAUUACUAACAAACAGUUACCAAUUAGGAACUCAUCGAACACAUCUAUACAAAUAUAUUCUAGUCUUCUGUCACACUGAUAUUAGUUAUAAAUUAACGCAAAUAUUACUCUAGAAGUCUGCUUCUAGAAGAAAUGUUGAAUCUUUAUUAUUAACUCUAUCAUCGUCAUUUCAUAAUAUUAUCGAAAUUUCAAAGUACCGUCAAACAUGGCAAAUAUUGAUAAUUUUUUAAAUUAAUAUGGAGGGAUGGCGUUAGAAGAACUUUCUCUGUGUAAUAUUUCAUUUAGUUUUUAUAGUAUUUGACAGCUGAAAUUAUGCUGCUUAAGCUAAGACAGCCCAAUGCAAAAGUCGAAUGUUUUACGUAAGUAAAGUCUGAGCAAAGUCUAAGUACUAAGUGUUCUAUAAAAAGGGCGUUAAAUUAGAGUGGCGCUGCAGUCCCUGCAACAGGCUAAAUUUUAAAGGAGCGCAAAAAGCAAAAUGAUAAAUUAUUAUUAGCUUAUUUUGAUAUCUUUCCAUGACACAAUUUUUCCCCAUAAUUAUUGUUAGUAUAACAAACACUAAUGUGUAAGCAUUACUGUGUUACGGUCUGAAGGGCACCGUAGCUAGUGAAAUUACUGGGCGAAUGAGAUUUAACAUCUUAUGUCUCAAGGUGACGAACGCAGUUGUUGUGCCGCUCAGAAGUUUCGGGGUUUUUCAAGUAUCCUAAGCGGCACUGCAUUGUAAUACGCAGGGUGUAUCAAUUACCAUCAGCUGAACAUCCUGCUAGUCUCGUCCCUUAUUUUCAUUUAAAAAAACAGACGGUGAACUUAAUACCACGCGACAGAAGUGAAACCUUCAUCAAGGCGAAAUUAAUAAUACGAACAAAAGAUAGUUAUCUUUUGUAUAAAUUACUCUAGUAGAUUUUGGUCCAGCUAAUCGCGCUCCCUUGACGUCUCGAAUACUCAAACCGACAUAACCAAACGCCGCGCCGGUCUCACAUUUUAAUCAAUACCCAUGGCACACAAAAUAGUAUAUUGCGAUUCUAGCGCCAUCUAGUUAUAGGCUAUAGCAAUUACUGUACAACAUAAUGUACCUAAUUUUGCCAACUUUGAUCGGUACAUGUAGACUAAUAAGAAUUAGCACACCAAACAUAAUAUUAUUUACAAUUUGGCUUUAGCUUGGUAAAUAAUAAAUAUGGUACAAUGGUUGUAGUUAUAUGUUGUUGUUUUAUAUAAUUUUUAUUUCAACGAAUCAUUGGCAGCUUUGGUAUUUGGCAUCUUUCAUCAUGUUGAUCUUAAUUAUUAUAACAAAGCAUAGGUCCAUGAUUACGAUUAUUAAACCAAAUAAAACAAUUUGUAUUGCGGAAAAUAUCCUUUGUUUUUUAUUUAAAUAAAAAAUAUAAAUUUGUUAAUAUUGUCCCUGUAUAGGGUUGCCAACUUUUAUUAUAAGAAAUAUUUUAUAUCUGAUUACAAAGGAGGUAAAUAAAGAGUACGGACUUCCAAAAAAGAGUAUCAUUUUACAUUUUUAAAAAGGAAAUUUUUUGUGCAUGGCAUUGACAUAAUGACAUAAAUGGCUGCGUUCAGAAAUUUCCGAAUGUGGUUUGGGUAAUUGGGUAUACCAACAUAUUAACAGUAAAUAGUCGACUUUUUUGGUUAUGAUAUAAUGGGUUUGCAUAGAAAAAAGAGUAUUACAUACUCUUUUAGUGUUAUAUAGUGAACAAUUCUCUUGGCUACGCUAUUCCUACCGAUAUGAAGUAAUUACAUUAGCAAGUAUUAAGCUCUGUUUAAACUGAGGCGAAUAACGCGCGGGACGCGUUUUAGAGCAAUUAGCUCGCGUGCCUUAGCCUCUAAAACUGACGCGAGGUCCCGCGUAUCAUUUUUGGUUCUAAAGUGGAGAAACAUCAUGCAUCGUGAGAUCAAACAACUCGUAUUUCGCCUCAACUUGAGCGACUACUCGCGUCAAUUUGAACACGUCCAUACAAGUUAGCUGACACAAUCGGCGCGAGCGGAUUCCGUCCCCCACCCCGCACGUUAUUCCUCAGUUUGAACAGAGCUUUAUAACUAAACAGCGAUAGUGUUAGGUACCUACAUGUUGUUUAGUGUGCUUCUUCUUAUAUUAUCACUGUGUAGUAGAAAUAUAUAUGUAUUUCUGUAAAUGCAACUAAUGAUUUAAUGUUUUUCAUUUAUCUGCUCUUAUUAAUAUUUCAUAUUGUGUCACUAAAAUAUUUUCGUUAUUUUACCUUGCUGUAUAUUAUAUUCCUACCGGUGUCCAAUAUAAUAUACCAAAUAUAAUAACAAAGCAUAUAAAGUUCUUCUUUCCUUCAUAUGUAUCCUGUUAAUAAAUUCCUACGGUAUAACGAAUUAUACUCUAAUGAAGUGGCUGUAAAGUAUAUAUAGAUAAUUUGAUUAACAUUUUGAGUGUUGUCCAUUUUAGGUCUCAUACUUCGCGGCCAUAUUUUAUUUACAUUAUACUUUAUUGUCUGCUUCAAUUAGGUACCGCUACUACAAAUAUACGUAUAAUAUAUAUAUAAUACGUAUAAAUUAUCUAAGGAAUAAUACUAUAUUGAGUAACAGCGGUUUUUCGCAGCAUUACCUACAGGUUAACCUGUACCUACCAAAAUUUCAACGUUAUUUUUUUACUUGAGUUAGUAAAUAUACUACCUUAAAAAAUAUGAUUGACAUAAGUACGUUAAUUUUUAUUGUUUUCACUCACAAUUUGCUUAUGUAUGUAUAAAUUACAGAAAAAAUAUUAAUCUAGUAUGUAGAUAAUAUUGAAUAAUUAUAGUUUUUUGUUUUAUAAGAUACUUAUUAAGAAUGUUUAAAUUUUAGCCUCCCAUUUACAUUAAUAUUUUUUUGAAUCUUUUGUAUGCUAAAGUGUAUUAUUUUAAUUUUAAUAGUGUAAUACUUGUUGACGUUUAAGUUUUUAUGAUAAGAUACAUGUACAAAUAUAGUUAGUUAGGUAAAGGUGACGCCACACUGGCUAGACUGCUCAGAUGGCACACUGCUAUACCGUUGGUGUGGUCGUACCUUUAUAUUAUAUUAUUUAUUAUGUUAAUGACAGAGCUGAGGCAAACCAAGCUUCAGAACGCGAAGCAAACUUAAUUUCGAGCACUCACUAAAGACACUAAUCACUGCCGAAAUGUAUGACCGAGAAAAAAGUUAUACGUGAUAGUACGUAUGCGGCAGACAGAUAAAAGAUCAAUGACCGAAAUUAUGUUUGCUUCGUGACACGUGUAUAAAAUAUAUACAGUUGAUAAAGUAUAUUUUUAUGUAUGUUUAUACUCAUUCUAGUAUAGUGAGGUAAAUAUUACUUAAGUUUUAAGUAAAAAUUUUGUAUAAACCGUGAUGAUGGUCCAACACAUAAAAGGCUGUAAGAUGAGUAAUUAUUAUUAAAAAAAUAAUAAUUAAUAAAGGCUAAUAUUUUAUGUAUUUACUACCAUCACGAAUAUUAUUAUUAGAUCGAGCUAAUUGCCACGCAAUAUACGCAAUGAAUUUUGACAGUUCACUAUUAGUAUUAUUUUACUCUGUUCUAUUAUUUUAUCUACACCCAUGCUUUAAAACCUCUAUUAAAGAUUCUGAAACAGUUAGCUUAUUGCCAACAUUAAAACACCCAAUGUUAUAAUAACCAUUACAUCAUCCAAACGAGUGUUGUAAGGUUGUACUGAAUUUCAUAACAACACCCCUAUGUUUUUUUUUUCGAUCCCUUCAUGCGCAGAGAGUUUCAACAGACAGCCACAUUCUUAUUGCUCAAUGCGUAUAUCUGUAUGAAUUUAAAAAAAAGAACAUUUUCGUUUACGCGCGUUCCACACUAUCAGAACGCCGCGCGCCGUUAAAAAAAGUAGAUUAUUCGAAUCCCCGCCAUUUUUCUUCGAUAUUUUUAAUGUUUUGUUUACAAAAAAUAAGCGAUUCAUUUUAAACGCUGAAUAUUCGAGUGAAUUUUGAUUAUUGCACUAUACAAAAUGUAAAUUACUACUAAAAUAAAUAAUUGUUUCCUUAAUACUUAGUUUAUUUGUAUAUAAUCAGUAACGAAUUAUAUUAGGUUACUACUGGGACUGGUGUUUUAAUGUUAGCAGUAAGCUAACUGUUCCAGAAUCUUUUAGAGGAUUCUAAUUCUGGGUGUAGAUAAAGUCUUGUACGCAACUGUUGAUAAUUAGGUAACACUCAUGUGAUACUAUUAUCAUAAUAUAUAAACCCACAUUAGUGUUUGAAUAUCCCUUAUUACACAACAGUUGCAUAAAUAACUAUUACUUCACGGUUUAUCAUUUUAAAAUAUAUGAUUCCUUUGCGGAACUUUUACGGUUAUUUUGUGAGUAAUUAUACAUAUAACAUAUUAUACAAUUUUUGUCUACAAAUCAAUUUGUCGUGUCUGUGAACAACAUACGAUCCGUCCAUACAUUCGUCCACGUUUUUUUAACGGCAAAACUACAAUUAUGGUGCUUUUUAUAAGUAUAAGAAUUAAUAUAUUAGUUUCAAAAUAUUUUAUGUUACGUUACCGAUACCUUCUAAAUAUGUGUUAAUAAUUAAGACGACUUAGAAAAUUAGCCACUUAAAUAAUUUUCAAAUUUAGUAGGUAUUACUUUAUGUAAAUUCUUUAAUAUAUUUGUAUAAAGGCUUACUUAUAUUAGAGAUUUUAUUUGAGUUGUGAUUAUACAAAAACUUCAAUAGUAUAAUGAAAUUUUAAAAGAUAUUUAAUUAAAAAAAAAAGUUUUUUUAUGAUUUACCUGUGAUCAUCACGUCUAAAUGUGAUACUGCAACCGCCCAACGUUGAUAGCUGGCAAUCCACAACAGCGCGUUCAAAGAAUAUUUUCGAGACAAGACACUCAUUUACACUUUCUGGAAACAUUAUCCGGCUGCAUUCCGAUCCUUGAAACACAUUUAAUUAUUGUCGCAAAAUUCAAAAAACUUGAAUCAUUGUAAAUAUCCAGUUAAUAGUGAUAUAAUAAAUAUUUUGUCACUAACAACCAUCCAUUUGCCAACAUUCCCAGAAUAAACGUUUUAUUUUAUACUAUUUUAUUAGGACUAAGAAUGUAUAAUUGAUUCCGUAUUUAUAUUGGACUUAUGUAGAAUUUAUGUGACCUUAUAUAGAUUAAUUAAUUUAUGGAAAAUUAUAACAAUAGUACCAUAGAAUAACACGAGUAUUAAAACCGAAAUAACAGAACCAAAUGUUAGAAAUGAAUAAAUAUUUAAAUAUUA